ACGCCGAUUAAUUGGCCGGACUCGGAUUCGGUCGUCGCGUCGCGUUCGUCCCCGGUUUUACGUUGAAAGACUCCGGAAGUGGCUUUCGGUGUGACGCGUGUGGAGCUUGACGCCUGCGUGCCGGGCUCGCUGCGGCUCAUCGCAACGUCGCGGCUGUGUUCGCCCGCAUCUUUUCUACGCAGCGUUGAUGCGAGCUGGCCAUGUCCACGGCGGUGUACCCUCGAGAAGAAGCCCCCGAGCGUCUGAGCCAGGAUGAGAUCGUGGUCAACACCAAGGCCGUCAUGCAGGGCCUGGAGACGCUGCGCGGCGAGCACGCCCAGCUCCUCAACUCGCUGCUGGACCGCGCCCAGCCGCCCGCCGCGCAGGAAAAGUCCAGCGCGCUGCGCAAGAGCAUGGAAGCCAUUGAGCUGGGCCUGGGAGAAGCUCAGGUGAUCAUUGCCCUGUCGGGCCACCUGAGCGCGGUGGAGUCGGAGAAGCAGAAGCUGCGCGCUCAGGUGCGGCGCCUGUGCCAGGAGAACCAGUGGCUGCGCGACGAGCUGGCGGCCACGCAGCACAAGCUGCAGCGCAGCGAGCAGAGCGUGGCGCAGCUGGAGGAGGAGAAGAAGCACCUGCAGUUCAUGAACCGCAUCAAGAAGCUGGAUGACGACGCCGAUGCCGACGGCGGCGGCGCCUCGCCCUCCGACGACAAGAACCGAAGCUCGUCCGGCGACGCGUCCAAGGACGGCCUGGACGAUUUGUUUCCCAACGACGACGACCAGGGGGCAGCUCAGCCCAGCGGCGAGGCGGCGGCGCAGCAGGGCGGUUACGAAAUCCCGGCCCGCCUGCGCACGCUCCACAACCUGGUGAUCCAGUACGCCUCGCAGGGCCGCUACGAGGUGGCCGUGCCGCUGUGCAAGCAGGCCCUGGAGGACCUGGAGAAGACGUCGGGACACCAUCACCCCGACGUGGCCACCAUGCUCAACAUCCUGGCGCUGGUCUACAGGGACCAGAACAAGUACAAGGAAGCGGCGCACCUCCUCAACGACGCCCUGGCCAUCCGGGAGAAGACGCUGGGCAAGGACCACCCGGCGGUGGCCGCCACCCUCAACAACUUGGCCGUCCUCUACGGCAAGAGGGGCAAGUACAAGGAGGCGGAGCCUCUGUGCAAGCGUGCGCUGGACAUCCGCGAGAAGGUGUUGGGCAAGUACCACCCGGACGUGGCCAAGCAGCUCAACAACCUGGCGCUGCUGUGCCAGAACCAGGCCAAGUACGCCGAGGUGGAGUACUACUACCGCCGCGCCUUGGAGAUCUACCAGUCCAAGCUGGGCGCCGACGAUCCCAACGUGGCCAAGACCAAGAACAACCUGGCCACGUGCUACCUCAAGCAGGGCAAGUUCCGGGAGGCCGAGACGCUCUACAAGGACAUCCUCACCCGAGCGCACGAGCGCGAUUUUGGCUCCGUCAAUAACGACAACAAACCCAUUUGGAUGCACGCCGAGGAGCGAGAAGAGAGCAAGGGCAAGCGGAAGGAGGCGGGGCCAUACACAGAAUACGGCAGCUGGUACAAGGCCUGCAAGGUGGACAGCCCCACGGUCAACACCACCCUGAAGAGCCUGAGCGCCCUGUACCGCCGGCAGGGCAAGCUGGAAGCCGCCGAAACGCUGGAGGAGUGCGCCGGCAAAUCCCGCAAGCAGGGCUUUGACGCCAUCAACCAAAGCAAAGUGGUGGAACUCCUCAAGGACGCGGGAGAGCGCCGCCACGGCAGGGAAGGCGGCGGCGGCGGAAACGGCGGCGGCGCGUCCAGAGGGGACGCCGAGGGCGAAGACGCGGCCGAGUGGAACGGGGACGGGAGCGGCUCCCUUCGCCGCAGCGGCUCCUUCGGGAAGAUCCGCGACGCCCUGAGGAGGAGCAGCGAGAUGCUGGUCAAGAAGCUUCAAGGCAGCGGCCCGCAAGAGCCGCGCAACCCCGGAAUGAAGAGAGCCAGCUCCCUCAACUUCCUUAACAAGAGCGCGGAGGAGACGGCGCAGGAUAGCAACUCGUGCCUGUCGGAGUGUCGGGGACUCAGCGCCAGCAACGUGGACCUCACUAGACGCAGUUCUCUGAUUGGCUAGAUGCAGCCAGGACGCAGGGCGGGGGGCACCAAAGCUCGCUUUUUUUUUUGUCAACACCGUGUCACUGUUGUACAUUCCCACUCAGCAUGUGAACACAAACGCCUCAUGACGCAAACUACAGCACGGCCAUCAGCGACGCGACAUUCACAUCGUCACUAUGAGUCAUCGCUGGCUCACCUGCUCUGCAGUGAUUGGUUGUUUUGGAGUAUGGGCGUGGCUUUGGGCCAGGAUCGGGCGCUUGUUGGUGUAGCGAUGGCGCAGCUUUGUGAAUGUCACAAGUACAACGUCUGACGAGUACUUCUUGCCACUAGCCGGGAACAUGUUUCCACAAAUCAAUAAACAUGCUUGAUUGUGCUUUCCGAAAUAAAUAAAGAUGUACUCGGACAGAG